AUUGUGUCCGAUGAUCUCUCCUUGAGUGGAAGUUAAAAUUGUAUUUGUUUUUAGCGGUCUGUCAGCUAGGAGAAGAAAAUGUCUGCGCGGGUUCUUGUCGGUGUGAAGCGGGUCAUUGACUAUGCUGUAAAGAUCCGUGUUAAGCCUGACAACACUGGAGUGGUGACAGAUGGAGUAAAGCACUCCAUGAACCCCUUCUGCGAGAUUGCUGUUGAGGAGGCAGUCAAACUCAAAGAGAAGAAGCUGAUCAAAGAGGUGGUGGCGGUCAGCUGUGGUCCUCAGCAAGCACAGGAAACCAUCCGCACAGCGCUGGCCAUGGGCGCAGACCGCGGUAUUCAUGUGGAGGUGUCAGGGAAGGACUAUGACAACCUGGGCCCCUUGCAGGUGUCAAAGAUCCUAGCAGCUCUGGCUAAGAAGGAGGAGACCAGUCUGAUCAUCCUAGGAAAACAGGCAAUCGAUGAUGACUGUAACCAAACAGGCCAGAUGACUGCUGCUUUGCUGGACUGGCCUCAGGGGACAUUUGCCUCUGAAGUUGUCCUGGAGGGAGACAAGGUGAAGGUGAUCAGAGAGAUUGAUGGAGGCCUUGAGACUGUCAGACUGAAGAUGCCUGCUGUGAUCACUGCAGACCUUCGUCUCAACACCCCCAGAUAUGCUACUCUGCCUAACAUCAUGAAAGCCAAAAAGAAGAAGAUUGAUGUUGUGAAGCCUGGGGAGCUAGGGGUGGACCUGACUUCACACCUGGAGGUGCUACGGGUGGAUGAACCCCCCCAGCGACAGGCAGGGAUGAAAGUGGAGACAGUGGAAGAACUCAUUUCCAGACUCAAGGAAGCCGGAAGGAUGUAAAAGAUUUGAGUACAGGAAUGCACAUAGGAGGGGUGAUGACCAGGUACUGGACAAAGGUGAAGAUGAAAAACAUGACCAGUGAAGCAAGCUGCUGUGGGUGGUUCUCUCCACCUGGCUGGACUGAACCACAUCCCAGUAUGCGCUUGUAUGCACUACUGAUGCCCUCAGUACAUCACUCAUGUGUGUGUUGUUUAAGACUGUAAAGCAGGAGAUUGUCAGCUGGGUGGAACCCAUUUCUCAUACUGUUUUUAAAGUAGCAAAGUUUUAUGUGAUUCAAGCCCUUUUGUAAAUAUUUGUAACAGCUACUUCAUGUGGCUAACUUUCACAGCACUACAAGUAGAACAGUAUCUGCCAGUAUUCUAGCAUCCGUUUAAUAGAACAGUGGUAAACAGUGAGGUUUUAACAGGUAUCCUGUCACUGUUAAUAUUUCCUGUUCACACAGAUAUCCCUUUUAUUUAGAAACUGUAAAGGUGUAUACAUAAGUAUGGCUGAGUUAGUAUACUGUUCUGUUAAUUGGUAGCAUAUCAUUGAUUGUGAUGAACUGCUAAGAAGCUGCAGUCUCUUGGCCAGUAUUUUUCUCAGUACUGAAGGGCAAAAGAAAGAAACUGACCAAGCAAGUCAACUCUUUCACCAUAAGUGCCUAAACUCUAUUGAUUGUACAUGAUUUUACAGUAAUAACAAACUUGAUACUUUUCCACAAUUUAAAUAUGUGGUAAUUGUCAUUCAUCCUGUCUAAAUUAUGGGUUGUCAUCUCUACUGCUGUUGGCCUCUUGUGUAUGCUGGUUUAUAUUCCAACUGAGUUGUCAUUUGUGAACUGUUUAGUGAUUAAAUCAUAAUG